AUGGAUAACAUAGAAAAAUUGGUCAAUAAAUCGAAAUCAUCAUCAAAGCAACGUAUAUUUGCUCCACUUAAUAUACCAUGGCAUCGUCGAUGUCAAACAUUAUCUGUUCUUGUAUGUUCUUUAUUACCAUGGUUUUGUAUAUAUUUAACAAUAUGUUUUCUUCGUGCUGAUCGUUGGUAUAUAUUUGGAAGUUUUCUUAUCUAUUUAAUAUGGAUGGCGAUGUUUAGAAAUUAUCCUACACAUGGUGGUUGUAGACAACAAUGGUUUCGUCGAUUAAUUUUUUGGAAAUGGUUUGUUGAUUAUUUUCCAAUUCGUUUACAUAAAACAUGUGAUCUACCUGCUGAUCGUUCUUAUAUAUUUGGUUAUCAUCCACAUGGAAUUAUUUGUCUAGGAGGUAUUGGUAAUUUUGCUACUGAAGCUACUGGUUUUGAAAAUUUAUUUCCUGAUAUUAAUGUUCGUUUUCUUGUAUUGAAUUCAAAUUUUCAAAUACCAUUUUUUGAAUUUAUUUUAACAAUGAUGGGUAUGUGUGAUGUAUCAAGAGAAUCAUGUAAUUAUAUAUUAAAACAAGGUAAAGGUAAUAGUAUUGUAUUAGUUCUUGGUGGUGCACAAGAAUCAUUAGAUGCACGUUCAUCUUUUGAAUAUAUAUUAACACUUAAAAAUCGUAAAGGUUUUAUUAAAGUUGCUCUUGAAAAUGGUGCUAAUUUAGUUCCUGUAUUUUCAUUUGGUGAAAAUGAUCUAUAUGGACAAAUAUCGAAUCCACGUGGUUCAAAAUUACGAUCAAUACAAAUAUUUUUACAAAAAAAAAUGGGCUAUGCAUUACCAUUAUUUUAUGGACGUGGAAUAUUUCAAUAUAAAUUUGGACUUUUACCUUAUCGACAUCCAGUUGAUACAUAUGUUGGAGAACCAAUUGAAAUACCAAAAUUAUCUGUAGAACGUAUAACACCUGAAAUUAUUAAUGAAUAUCAUAUGAAAUAUUUAAAUGCAUUAACACAUCUAUUUGAUACAUACAAAGCUAAACAUGAUAAUGCUAAUGCAUCGCUCAUUUUUGUUGAUGAUCCUAGUAGAUAG